AAAUGGACGAGCGGGAAGAAGAGAAAGUAUUCAUUUAGCAAUUGCAAAAAUUUUGGGAAUAGAGAGGUGUAUCUGUUAAAAUACCUCAGAUUGGUGGUCGAGAACUGGAAGUUUUCAAGCUAUACAAAGCAGUCACCAAAAGAGGAGGUCUAAAAGUCGUAUCAGCAAAUAAAUUAUGGAAAGUACAUUUUUAAUUUUGAUCCUAAAAGGAAAUUGUAGAUCAAUUCUCGUUUCCAGCCACAUGUACCUCUGCCUCAUUUACCUUAAGAAAUCAUUAUUAAAAAUUGCUUUUGGCAUAUGAAUAAAAAUAUUUCUUUGGAAAAGAGGAUGGCUAUAUAUAUGAUGAAGAAAUGAGCUCCAAUAGGAAAAAAACAAAAAUAGGGUAUGAAGAAGAAAAUCAAUAGGCAGGCUAUGUGUAAUAAUACAAUCUAUUUCAAAGCGCAGAAGCUGAAGACAGACAACACUAAAUGGAGUUCAGUGGGUAACCUCUUAGUGCUCUUUUGAAUUUAAACUAUGCAAAGGUGGAAAAAGCUGAAACCAUAUUUUUCAUAAAGAAAUCUAAAAUAUAAGCAUAAGCAAGUGAAGUUAAGAGAAUCAUCCUUGCUUUUGAGAGCAGAAUUGACGAUGAACUUACAUUCGCCAUUAAUAAUUUAUUAAUGUAUUCUUGCAAUUACUCAGUAUUACAAUUAAUGUUAAUCAUUCUAGCAAACCUUUCUUAUUGAUUAGUAUCCACAACUACUUGAUACUAUUACUACAUAUAUCGAAGAUACUAUUAAAUAAAUUAGCUACUUAAAUAAAUCGUACUCUUUUAAGACUUGUCUUUAAUCAGUAGGAUAGCAAUAAUUAGAAAAUUUGGGAUAUUAAUAGCGAAAAUCUAUGCAAGUUCAAAUUGACUUAAUCAAGAAUCAAAAUGUAUUGGAAAAUUAUAAUUCUCAUAUAUCAGUCAUCAUGAAUGAUCAAAUGACAGAGAUGGUGAAACCAAGUGAGUUAAUCUAUUAGAAAAAAUAUAUAGAUUUGAUCUAAGGAAAUUAUGAAAAAAAAGCAGAGUGUAAACAUUUGGAAAAAUUGAGAACCUUGUUUGUGGCUCUGAGAAAUUUAGCUAUGAUUAGAUCUAAUGAAGCGUGCUUUAUGAAAUAAGACAAGUUAUUAUCCUUUUUUUAUUAAAUUCUUUUGUCUGGAGCAGAUUAAGAAUUAUCUAAAUCUGCAUUGGAAACAUUUUCAGUCUUAUCCAAACACAUUCAUCUAAAGUAAUUAGUCUUCAUGGAUGCUUUUAUGUAAAAACUAAUAGAAAUUCUUAAUGGUGAAUCAUAUGAAGAUAUAGGUUUAGUCACAGAAACUUUCAGAAAUUUGAUAUCCAUCUCUGAUAAUGAAUCCAUUAUAGAAGGAGCCAUUGGAGAAUAUAUAGAUUAAUUAGCCAGAUUGUUGAUAUAUUAGAAUUAAGAACUAAGAGAAAUUGUUUUGGAGUUUUUCUGUUAUUUAAGUGAUUUAAAAAUGGCAACUAGGUUAUCCAUAGCUAAACAUCCUAAAAUACUAUAAAGACUUGUUGCCAUAUUGAGUACAGGUUAAAUUAAGAACAAUUCUUAGAAAUUAUAAGAUUAAAAAAGUAACUAGGAUAAAAUAAAUGAAAAACAUGUCAAACUAGCAGCAAUCACUCUCAAUAAUAUUUCAUAAGCACCUGCAGCAAAAUAAUAUUUGCUUAUAUUUGAGAAGUAAAUAAUUUAUUGUUUAUGCUAGGGAAUUAUUUUUUGUGGCUGCAUCUGAUGAAACUGUUACACCUUUGCUUUCAUAAAUCCUUUUUGAGUUAUCAAUAGCAGAAUGAAUACAUG